AUGUCUGUUUCUGCUGUUUCGCGGGACACUGCCUUCCAGGCGCGGUCUCUGUUUCGAUCUUUGCUUCGUCAGUCUGCUCAGUUCUCGAACUACAACUUUCGCGAGUACGCACUUCGGCGGACAAAGGAUGGUUUCCGGGAGCACCAGCAUGAGACUGAACCGCGGAGGGUACAAGAGUUAAUUCAGGAUGGUCUGCAGAAUUUGCGAAUGAUGAAGAGGCAAACUGUUAUCAGCCAGUUCUACCAAUUGGAUAAAUUGGUUGUGGAGGGCCAGAAGACGGGAAAGGAAAGUGGACAAGAAGGUGGCAUUGUCCGUCAGAAGGACACCGGCUGGGACUAA